CUCCGAGCUCAGUUCGCGCAGUAACAAAUGAAGUGCGCGCUGCGACACCUCCCAGCUCGCCAGGCUCGGCCGCCAUUUCCUCGCCUGGCCUAACGGUCCGGCCAAUCCCAGCGCGCAUCGAGAAGGACUGAAGCUCCGCCAAUUGGAGGCUGCCAAUUCCGACCCUUUGCCUCGGCCCGGCCCAAUCCAGGCUUCUGCCCCUUCGCCCCCGGCCCGCCCCCGCGGCGGCCUCUCUCCUCCCUCUUUGUGCGUCUCGCGCCGCCGCCGCCCGCCGCGUGAGAGGACGGGUUCCGCGCGCUAGCGCUGCGACUCCCUCCCCCCCUCCCCGAAAGAUUCGCUAAGGAAAAGCCGCCGCCGAGGAGCCGCCGGUGCCGGUCCCCCGGGGCGCCAUGGCGACCGGAGCAAACGCCACGCCGCUGGGUAAGCUGGGCCCCCCCCCCGGCCUUCCCUCCCUUCCCGGGCCCAAAGGGGGUUUCGAGCCGGGGUCACCGCCUGCCCCCAGACCUGGGGCGGAACUGCUGGUACCCAGGCCGCUACUUCCCCCGCCCGUAGGCUCGGUGGGGGCCCUGACCGCGGCCUUCCCGUUCGCGGCGCUGCCUCCGCCGCCGCCCCCCCCACCGCCGCCACCGCCCUCCCCGUGCUCCUCGUACCCGCCGCCGCAGCCGCCCUCUCCGCCGCCGCUCUACCAGCGCGUGUCGCCGCUGCCACCCCAGCCGCCGCGUCAGGACCAGCAGCCGGGCCCGGCCGGCGGCGGAGGAGACUUCCCAAGUAAGAAGCGGAAGAGGAGCCGGUGGAACCAAGACACAAUGGAACAGAAGACCGUGAUUCCAGGAAUGCCUACAGUUAUCCCCCCUGGACUUACUCGGGAACAAGAAAGAGCUUAUAUAGUGCAACUGCAGAUAGAAGACCUGACUCGUAAACUGCGCACAGGAGACCUGGGCAUCCCCCCUAACCCUGAGGACAGGUCCCCUUCCCCUGAGCCCAUCUACAAUAGCGAGGGGAAGCGGCUUAACACCCGAGAGUUCCGCACCCGCAAAAAACUUGAAGAGGAACGCCAUAACCUCAUCACGGAAAUGGUUGCCCUCAACCCUGAUUUCAAGCCACCUGCAGAUUACAAACCACCAGCAACACGUGUGAGCGAUAAAGUAAUGAUUCCACAAGAUGAGUAUCCAGAAAUCAACUUUGUGGGGCUGCUCAUUGGGCCCAGAGGGAACACGUUGAAGAACAUAGAGAAGGAGUGUAACGCGAAGAUUAUGAUCCGGGGGAAAGGGUCUGUGAAAGAAGGGAAAGUGGGGCGCAAAGAUGGCCAGAUGUUGCCAGGAGAAGAUGAGCCACUUCAUGCCCUGGUUACUGCCAAUACCAUGGAGAAUGUGAAGAAAGCAGUCGAACAGAUAAGAAACAUCCUGAAGCAGGGUAUCGAGACCCCUGAGGACCAGAAUGAUCUACGGAAGAUGCAGCUUCGGGAGUUGGCUCGCUUGAAUGGGACCCUUCGGGAAGACGACAACAGGAUCUUAAGGCCCUGGCAGAGCUCAGAGACCCGCAGCAUUACCAAUACCACAGUGUGUACCAAGUGUGGAGGGGCUGGCCACAUUGCUUCCGAUUGCAAAUUCCAACGGCCUGGUGACCCCCAAUCAGCUCAGGAUAAAGCGCGGAUGGAUAAAGAAUAUUUAUCCCUCAUGGCUGAACUGGGUGAAGCGCCCGUGCCAGCAUCAGUGGGCUCCUCCUCUGGGCCUGCCAGCACCCCUCUGGCCAGUGCACCACGGCCUGCUGCUCCCGCCAACAACCCACCUCCACCGUCUCUUAUGUCCACCACCCAGAGCCGCCCACCCUGGAUGAAUUCUGGCCCUUCAGAGAGUCGGCCCUAUCAUGGCAUGCAUGGAGGUGGUCCUGGUGGGCCUGGAGGUGGCCCCCACAGUUUUCCACACCCAUUGCCCAGCCUGACAGGUGGGCAUGGUGGACAUCCCAUGCAGCACAACCCUAAUGGACCCCCACCCCCGUGGAUGCAGCCGCCACCACCACCAAUGAACCAGGGCCCCCACCCACCUGGGCACCAUGGCCCUCCUCCAAUGGAUCAGUACCUGGGAAGUACGCCUGUGGGCUCUGGGGUCUAUCGCCUGCAUCAAGGAAAAGGUAUGAUGCCGCCGCCGCCUAUGGGCAUGAUGCCACCGCCGCCGCCGCCGCCCAGUGGGCAGCCCCCGCCCCCACCCUCUGGUCCUCUUCCCCCAUGGCAGCAGCAGCAGCAGCAGCCUCCGCCACCCCCUCCGCCCAGCAGCAGUAUGGCUUCCAGUACCCCCUUGCCAUGGCAGCAAAAUACGACGACUACCACCACGAGCGCUGGCACAGGGUCCAUCCCGCCAUGGCAACAGCAGCAGGCGGCUGCCGCAGCUUCUCCAGGAGCCCCUCAGAUGCAAGGCAACCCCACUAUGGUGCCCCUGCCCCCCGGGGUCCAGCCGCCUCUGCCGCCCGGGGCCCCUCCCCCUCCGCCGCCUCCGCCUCCUGGUUCCGCCGGCAUGAUGUAUGCCCCGCCCCCCCCUCCUCCGCCUCCCAUGGACCCUUCUAACUUUGUCACCAUGAUGGGCAUGGGGGUGGCGGGCAUGCCGCCCUUCGGGAUGCCUCCAGCUCCCCCACCGCCUCCACCACAGAACUAGACUUGGUUUUUUUAAGAAAAUAUAUAUUAUAUAGAGAGAGAAUUGGUCUCGUUUAAACACACGCCGAACCUCACCAUAUGGAGCCAGACAUUGGGACGCACGCAUGUGAUUGUGUGCACGCAUGUGUGUGUGUGCACGCACCGGGCUGGGCCAAGCGACUGAGGACUCGCUUGGGUACGGGCAGGUGAUAGUAGGGGCGCCAGCUUGGGCUCUCCUGGCGCCCCGUAGCAUCGAGUGUCUUCUUUGUCUUCUUUCUCUCCUCACCCAACUCCCUUUGCCUCUCCCCAAACCGGGCCGCCAGGAUCCCUCCCCGCGGCGGCGAUGGCCCGAGCCAUGAGAGUGAGGACUUUCCGCGCCCAUUGGUGACCCUUCCAGGCAGACAGCCUCAACAGCGCCCCUGGUGGACAGGAUGGUUCGGCAAAGCAGCCUGAGUUAUUUUUGUGGACGGAAUCGGAACACGCUGGCUCCAUAUUGUGAAAUUUUUAUUAAUUUUUUUCUUUUUCCUUUGUUAUUUCCUUAUCUCUUUCUUCAGACUCCAUCCAAGGAGGCGCUCUCCCCGGUCUUCUGCUGCAAUCAGAUUCCUUUCCCUUUUCUCCAUUCCUCACUCUUCUCUUUCCAAGGAGAGGAGCAAAUGAAAUGGUUUUAGGCAAAAACCUUGGCCACUGAUGUCAGGCUAGUUGAGAGGGGUGUUCCUUUGGUUCUAAGAUUUCCAAGGUGCCAUAGUCACCCCAGAGAUUUUUUUAUUUUUAAGUGUGGGGUUUUGUUUCUGUUGCCCUCAUAGAGUAGUGGUGUAAUCUCCAGGGUCCACAUCUACCCUGCCACCCCUGCCAGCAGUAGGUGUGGCCACCCAAGCCACCGUGGGCUUGUCUGCCAGGCCAGAGAGUUUCCAGGCUCCCUGAGCGCCUGAGCUGCCUCAGAUUCCAUUUGUUCCUCUCCUUCCUGGAAGGCUUCCUUUUAAAUUUUCUUUUAAUCCCAAAUGUCUGUUUUGCAGUGUCUAGGGGUUAGAGCCCCCUGUUUUUCGUUCUGCUUCCUUUUUCCCCUGCUUCUCUCUUCAUGGAGUGAUUAUGUUGACAAUAAUGUAUAAUGCGCGUUCUCUUCACUGGUUUAACUGCAGAAAUUUCUCUGGGCUUUUUUUUUUUUCGGUGUAUGAUUCAACACUGCGUUAAAGGGGAAUGUUCCAUUGAAUAAAAGAGCAGUGUGGUUUUC